AUGGCCCCUCCCAGCCACAUCUCCCGCCAGGCCAGCGGUGCCCCCUCCUCCCGCCGCCGUCUGGACGUCUGGCCUUGGAAUAUCACGGAAAUGUCUCUCAGCAGCCUCCCUCAGGUUAUCCGUAUCCUGGGCUUCUUGAUGCUUCUCCUCCAGCCCACUUCUACCAGGAGUUUCUGGAAACAGACCCUGCACCAAGAAGCAGCUGGGGAGCCCCACGACAACCCUCGAGCCGACUACUGUCCGCCACCCCCGCAGUUUUUACCCCCUGGUGCCUGCCAGGCCAAGCGCUGUGAGGGGGAUGCCAAGUGCCCCCCACUCCACAGAUGCUGCUACAAUGGCUGUGCCUACACGUGCCUGGAGAUGAUGCGACCCCCACCAGUUUUAGACUGGCUGGUGCAGCCCAAGCCUCGCUGGCUCGGUGGGAACGGCUGGCUCCUGGAUGGUCCUGAGGAGGCGCUGCCAGCUGAGACCUGUAGCACUACUGAGGAUGGGGAAGAGCCGCUGCUCUGCCCCUCAGGUUACGAGUGCCACAUUCUGAGCCCGGGGGAUGUGACCCGGGGCAUCCCUAACCGUGGGCACUGUGUGAAGAGGCAGAAGCAGGUCAUCCAGGAUGAGAGGUCCCGAGACUGUCCAGGGACCCUAACUCUUGGGGAUGACAUUGGUCACUCCCAGGGGGUCUGA